GCCUCUGGCAGUGCCUGGCACUCAGCGGUAGAAUGGGAGGGACCACUUCCGCCCGGCGCCUGCCCCAGCCAGUUCCCACGCCGCGAGAUCCCGCCCGGGGCCGGAAGUGACGCGCGAGGAGCGUUCUCGAGACCGAUAUCCCGUUCUUCCCGGUUUCUGUAUGUUGUCAUCUCACCUACGCCUGGUCCCCACGAGAGUCCAGCUUGUUCGUUCCCUGGUCCGCAAUCCUUCCUCUUCCUUCAUGGACCUGAAGGCUCUCCUUUCCUCCUUGAAUGACUUUGCCUCCCUCUCCUUUGCUGAGAGCUGGGACAAUGUUGGAUUACUGGUGGAACCAAGCCCACCACACACGGUGAACACACUCUUCCUGACCAAUGAUUUGACCGAAGAAGUGAUGGAGGAGGCACUGCGGAAGAAGGCUGAUUUCAUUCUCUCCUACCAUCCGCCCAUUUUCCGGCCCAUUAAGCGCAUAACCUGGAAAACCUGGAAGGAGCGCCUGGUGAUCCGCGCGCUGGAGAACAGAAUCGCCAUUUACUCUCCCCACACGGCCUAUGAUGCCGCACCCCAGGGGGUCAACAACUGGCUGGCUAAAGGGCUCGGCGUUUGCACCUCCAGGCCUAUACAUCCUUCCAAAGCACCCAACUACCCAACAGAGGGAACACACAGGGUAGAAUUUAAUGUUAACCACACCCAAGACCUGGACAAAGUCAUGUCUACGGUGAAAGGAAUUUCGGAUGUUUCUGUCACUUCCUUUUCUGCUAGGACUGAUGAUGAGGAACAGACGCGGGUCAGUCUGAACUGUAGUCAGCCGGCUUUGAUGCAGGUGGUGGCUUUCCUUUCCCAGAACAGACAGCUUUAUCAGAAGACUGAAAUUCUGUCACUGGAGAAGCCUCUGCUUCUGCACACUGGGAUGGGACGGUUAUGCACCCUGGAUGGCUCUGUCUCCUUGGCAACCUUGAUUGAGCGAAUCAAAAGGCACCUAAAACUAUCUCAUGUUCGCCUUGCUCUUGGGGCAGGGAGGACCUUAGAGUCCCAAGUCAAAGUGGUGGCUCUGUGCGCUGGCUCUGGGAGCAGUGUUCUGCAGGGGGCAGAGGCCGACCUCUACCUCACAGGUGAGAUGUCCCAUCAUGAUGUUUUAGAUGCUGCUUCCCAAGGAAUAAAUGUCAUCCUCUGUGAACACAGCAACACUGAACGAGGCUUUCUUUCCGAUCUUCGAGAUGCGCUGAGUGUUCACUUGGAGAAUAAGAUUAAUAUUAUCCUGUCAGAAGCAGACAGGGACCCUCUUCAGGUAGUGUGAUGCAUACGGCACAGAGUGACAUCUACUUUACAAAUCGUUUCCCUCCUCAAACGCACAUGAUCAGUGGAGUCUGUAUCCUUCUGGAAGAAUGUUUAGAAUGUACAUUGUCAUUUCUGGUUUGUUAAUCUGCUUCACCAAAUGUUCUAUAGUUUUUAGGGUAAACACUGUAAUGUAACUAUUAUUAAAGAACAGGUAUUUAGCCCUGACUGGGUCGCUUAGUUUUGAGGAACUUCAAUAUGUUUUUACUGAAAAAAACAAUACUAUAAAUAAAAGUGAUUCUAUCCAAAUUGGAAUUUUAUUAAUAAUAAAGACUAUUGACAUAUUCUUCUUGCAAAUAGUAUAGGCACAAAAAUUAUAAAAAUAAACUAGUGGAUAUUUAAGGGCAAAUGUAAAGUUUACACAUUAGAUCAUUAAAGAUUUUGUGUACUUUUUUAUACUGCAAGUUAUAAACUAGAUAUGUUAAUAAAAAAAAAAGUGCAAGCCAGUAAGUAUAUGCUAUCAUUUCUGUUUUUAAAAGGAAAACAAAAAGACAAAAACCGUUAUCUGUGUAUAGACCACCUCUGGAAGGUUAGGCUAUCAAUGGUUGCCUAAGGCAGUGGUCGGGAAACUGCGACUCGUGAGCUACAUGUGGCUCUUUGGCCCCUUGAGUGUGGCUCUUCCACAAAAUACUGACUUCUGCGCAUGGGCCACAAAGUUUCAAUCACACUGUAUCUGUGCGCCCGCACGUGGUAUUUUGUGGAAUAGCCACACUCAAGGGGCCAAAGAGCCGCAUGUGGCUCGCGAGCCACAGUUUGCUGACCACUGGCCUAAGGAAUUGGAUCAAGGAAUAGACAAAAACUGCUUUUCAUUAGCCGUUGGUACAAUUAAAAGAAGUUUUAGCCCUAACCAAUUUGGCUCAGUGGAUAAAGCAUCGGCCUGCGGACUCAAGGGUCCCAGGUUCCAUUCCGGUCAAGGGCAUAUACCUCGGCUGCGGGCACAUCCCCAGUAGGGGGCAUGCAGGAGGCAGCUGAUUGUUUCUCGCUCAUCGAU